ACACCCACGGAAACAGAUUUUAUUGCUGAGCAAUCGCAUGAAGCUCUCUGUUGGAAGCGGGGGGAAGAGGCUCUUCAUCUCAGAUUGCACUAGUAUGCUUUUUCCUUAUCACUAACUUUGGAGGCAAAUCCUUAAAGGCAUAGCAGGCUCAGGGAGCGCAGUGCUCUCCAGGAGCAGCAUCCUUGCUGCCGAAGGACAAGGCUUCUCUUUGAACCCAAGGGGAUUUAGACAGCUACGGGACUUUGCAAAUCUGACCUCGCUGCUUUGGAGGUCUGGUAUCAGCCACGGAGAAUAGGUCGGUUCAGUGUGGUUAAUGCAACGGCUGCCAUCCCCUGCCAAUAAUCAGUGACUUCUUUGGCUUGGAUUAGUAGCGCUCAGGCCACAUGACUGUCAACAAUUUAAAAUCCGUAUCAAAAUUGGAACUAUUGCUUUGCUGCUUCAGCAUGGGUGCAGCCAUCAAGGUGUCCCAGAGACUGAAGCACCCGGGUGACCUGCGGGGUUGAGGACCGCGUUACAACCACUGACAGAAGUUGCUGGCGAUACCCACACUGUGUUUCUCCUUUGCAUUCCUGGAGGGCUUCAGUUCUCAAUCAGUAACGUAGGAGGUUAAAAUCUACCCAAUAUUGUAAGCAGUUUGGGGACUGGAUCAUUUGCAGGCUCCUAACACAAUGUGUACAGCACCUAACACAAUGAAUUGCACGACCAAUUGCAUAUGCCAAGACAAAUAAACCAAUAAAACCAUCACAAUAUAAAUUACUAUAAAAAAAAGAAACUCUCUCCCCGCUUUUCCUGCUCUGUGGGAGGAUAACGCUGUCCCUGCCAGGCAGUAAAGGCAGCCUGGACCUUUAAGAGCAGCAGUUCCCAGUACAACUCUUCCUGGGAACUUUGGAGCAAACCAGGGUGGAAAUCCUGAGCUCGCUGGCUGAGAGGCAAAAUGAACAUUGAAGAGUAUUUCGCGAGAAUUUCUUACAACGAGUCCCAUAAGGAUGCAGACUUGCAAACCUUAACAGGCAUCUUCCAGCAUCAUAUCCAGGCAAUUCCUUUUGAAAACCUCAGCAUGCAUUGUGGGGAGACCAUUGAACUGGAUUUACAGUCUACUUACAAUAAGAUUGUGAGAAAGAAACGUGGUGGAUGGUGCCUGGAAAGCAACCACCUUUUAUUUUGGGCCUUGCAAGAAUUAGGAUACGACAUCUGUAUUCUUGGAGGAAACAGUUAUGAACCAGCAAAGGCGGCAUACACUGCUGAGAUCAAUCACAUCCUACUGAAGGUGGUGAUCAAGGGAAAUUCCUACAUAGUAGAUGCUGGUUUUGGCGGUGCCUACCAGGCGUGGCAGCCAUUGAUGUUGAUUUCUGGGAAGGAUCAACCCCAGAUGCCCGGCAUCUUCCGCUUCAUGGAAGACAACGGCACCUGGUACUUUGAGAAAGUCAAAAGGAAGCAUUACAUUCCCGAGCAAAAUGUCCCUUUCACUGAUACUCCAGAACUGGGGAAUAUUAGAAAAAUAUAUACAUUCACUCUGGAGCCACGACAUAUAAAUGACUUUCAGGAGCUAAACACAUACCUACAAGUGUCUCCAGAUAACAUACUUCAGAAGAAGUCAAUCUGCAGUCUCCAGACUGCUGAAGGGCUUUAUGGCUUAGUUGGAUGGACCUUCACUGAGAUGAAGUAUAACUACAUGGAGGACAUGGACCUGGUGCAGAUCACAACUCUUACAGAUGAAGAGGUUGAGAAGACACUGAAAGACAAAUUCAAUAUAGUGCUGGAGAACAAACUCGUGCCAGUAAACGUUCGUGGCUUGCCACCAAAUUUAGUGGAUACGAUCUAAUUCUAAUGCUGCGCUAGAUGGAUCUUUAAAUAUCCAAUAUAAAAGGUUUUAAAAUUAACAUUAAUAACAUUAAUCUGAUUUUAAAGUUGAGCUAGUCAGAUGAACACAAAACUUGGUAAAUUCAAGUACAUUGCUAAUUAACUGCAUAUACCAAUUGCAUAUUUUUUCUUAAGCUUCUCCUUCUUUAGAAACUGAGACAUCUUACUACCUCUAAUUUGCUUAUAUGGAAAUUGCCUUUUGACUCCAUAACAUUUUGUUCCACCUCUCUGGAUCUCAUUUUAUUUCAGAUAUAUUUUGUAGCAAAGGAGCUCAAACCAUUCAGAAGGAGAAGCUGUGUUACCGUUUUACACAAAAGACCUCUAACCUUUUUCAGUAUUAUUUCCAAUCUUCUUCUCAGCAGAGUUUUACAAAUUAUUCACUUCCUUUAACAGUCUGAAAUAGAAAGUUGAGCUGAAUUUGGCUUUCAAAGACUUCAUAAAAAAGAGAAAGGUUAAGAUUUUCUCAAAACAAGCCACUAUUAGGUGCUGAUUAGCUUAUGAUGAAAUAAGUUGAAAGAUUUGAGUCCUAUUCCCUUAUCAGAAAUUGACUUAAAGUGAGCUAUUUAUGCAAGGGCACUUAAAAAACCCCCGAAGCUCUCUAAUUUUGAGUGUCCAAUUUUUCUGAAUCUGAUUUUUCUAUGUCUCUGAAAUCAAAACAAAAUCUGAGAUGACACUGAGAUGAUUCAACAGUUCUUAAAAAUCAGGCUUUUGGUAUCAAAAAUGGAAACAAUCAAAGUUAGAUCAGCCUUUGCAAACUAUAAACUAUUGGGGCCUAACCUUCCUGGGAUGUCAAGCAGGCAUGACAGUAUUAUAGAUAAAACUCUUCAUAUUUAUUACAAACAGUAUUCUGCACGGAAGCUACCUUAAAGAAGUAACACUGCAGAUGCGAAAGGAAACGUAGGGAAGUUAGGUGUGGUUUCACAGCCCGUUAUGUGUAGCACAACAGCCUUACCACUUCACGAUACCCGUGGCAGGUACUGUACAGGUAGUGUCACGAAAGAGGGUGACAGAAGAGCAUCAGUCCUCGGCCAAGAAGAAGACUUUGACGCUUGUGUUAGUCAACCACAGACUGACAGGGCACCCGAUGUGCCUAAAACUCAGGUCCUUUCCCAGAUACAGUCUAAUGGCUCUUUGCCUUCCCAAAAGGGACCUCUGACUUUCCACCUCCGGCAAAUGAAGAGGAGACAUGCUUGACAGGGAGAGAAUCAAACAAACGGUCCUGCAACACUGUGAAGAUGCAGAAGGCCAAGUUUUAGAGAGGAAAUACAGUACUUUGUUCUCACAGACAACACUGUGCAAAUAAAUAUUUGUUAUGGCGUUCGUUAGGUGUGGCAGCUCCAAAAUAACUACCUGCUGCAGUGGAAGCUUUCGACAGAUUGAAAAAGUUCCUUUGUGGGCAAAGAAGGGUCAUUUUGUGCAUCCACGGAGCCUGAGGAAAGAUAGCCUGCAAUACCUUGGCAAUUCAGUGCACCCCCAAGGAAGGAGAUGACUAUCCUUCACCGCAAAGUGCUGGCCUGCAAAAUA